AUGUCUCUUGGUUCGCAACCACCACCCCUGCGCGUUAGGAUCAACCAUAUCGACUACACUGUGGCUCCGCCUGGGCCGCUUGACCACUCGUCUCUACACCGAGUACCUGUGAUACGAAUCUACGGAGACUCAUCUCUUGGCUUGAAAACAUGUGUCCACAUACACCAAGUAUACCCGUACUUCUUCGUGGAGUAUCUAGAGAAGAUGCACCCCGACAUUGUGAACCGCUACAUCGCUAAGCUCCAACAUUCGCUCAAUCACGCCAUUGCGAUAUCUCUGAAACGCAACCCACUGUCGGCAAAGUCGAAGUUCGUGCGCGCCAUCGUCCUAGUCAAGGGCGUGCACUUCUAUGGCUUCCACGCCAACUACGCGCCGUUCUUGAAGGUCCACAUCGCCGACCCCGCAUUCGUCAACCGUGCGGUCACAAUUAUGCAGUCAGGAACCAUCAUGAAGACGCGUUUUCGCGUGUAUGAGAGCCACAUCCAGUACCUCCUCCAGUUUCUCUGUGACUUUGGCUUGUACGGCUGCGGUUGGAUUGAUCUCGGCGACGUCUGGCAGCGGAGUCCCGACGAGCAAAUUGACGGCAACGAACACGAUGUAGAACUUGCGGAGACGCUCUCGACAUUCAAGAUCUCGCCACACUUCAGGCAGUCGCGCAUGCCGCUUGAGGUCGACUCCAUUGCGCCCCACAUUCUGAAUCGCUGCAAGCUCUCGGCACGCAACUGGCACCACAAGCUGACCAUCCCGGCACCACUGCUCCCUCCAGAGCCGUUGGUGCUGAGUGUUCGUGAGCUAUGGGAGGACGAACGGCAGAGGCGGAUUACCAAAGGUCUGUCACCCUCCCCCGAAAUUCCGAAGGACCUAAGCGCAAAUUCGAGAGGACCUGGUGCUGGAUGGGUCGCGGAGGCACGCUGGUGGGACGAAAUCCGCAAGCGUAUUGAGCGGGAACGGGGGAGAGAAGUGGUUCCACCACGCAUGUCAUGGGAGAAGUGGGUCAUGACCACGUUCGAGAGCAUCGAGGCACUCUGGGGGGACGAGCACAAGACGUGGAGACCUCAAUUGGAGGACACCGCCGGGGUCGGGGGAGAUGAACGCGGACCAUCAAAUCCAGAGGAGCAGAACCCGUACGGGCCCUCCGCGAUGACUGCCGCCGCCGAAGGAGUCAGCGGCACUAACGACACUAACGGGCAUGAAGAAGUUGACGUCGACGAAGCAAUGCUGGGGAGUCAGGCCAUGAGCAAGAUUAUGGAACGAGAGGAAGCCGAGUGGCAGAAUGAUGUGCAAGGCCACGAGGAGCUUGAGCCUGAGGUUGACGAUCCGUUACAGGAGGACGAAGAAGCACUCGAGGAUGGCCCCCUCCCUGGUUUGCAGUCAGUUGAUGGCGACCAAGAAGACAGCGAGAAGAAUCCAUUCCUCGACUCUGGCGAGGACGGGCUCCCAUCACCCUCGCCAUCUCCUUCGAAGAGUGCGAAUCCUUUCAAGGCUAUAUGGUCCAAGAUUGCGAAGCCCUCGUCGCGUAAUCGUUCCUCGUCGGUGGUGUCUGGCGGACCGAGGACGCCCACAAAUCUUCCCUGUAUCCUACGUGUGUUCAUCAACUCGCUAUCUAGCCUCGUCGAUACACUCCAGAAACAACCCCAGCCCCUUGUAGCGAACACGGACAUCUUCGGAGGUGCCUCAUCCACUCGGUCACCACGGUCCAUCUUUCAGCCUCUCGCCUCUGCGAACUCUAAGACGGAUAUCACACUCAAUGCUCUGCCGCCAGUACCCUCGAAACGGCCUUCUACGCCAGUGGACGCAGAAGAGAGGCCUACGAAGCGGCGCAGGCUUAGCCCUCCGGAGACGGCAGAGGCAGAAGCUGCAGCCGCUUCCAGCUUUAGUUCGGCCAACGCUGCAUCCGGAACCUCAUUGAGCAACAACAAGUCCUCAUAUCAGUCGAAGCACCUGACACCUCACUCUGGGCCCUCUCUUUACAACGGACGAGAUUGCUACGUCUACGCCUGUGCCCCUCCGACUGCUGUCGAGCUUGUCGAGAGUACAGAGCAGGUGGGAAUCCCGAGCAAGAUCUACCGCAACCCAUACUACUCAGAGAAGAGCGACGCCCCAGAACGACCCAGGGAGUACGCAGGACUAGUCUUCCAUCUCAAGGGCGGCGAUGGUAUCGCCAAUCUUGAGGAAUGGAAGGAGGACGAGAGCGCGCCCUCCGUGGUGACCGGCCACAGUGCGCGAGAGUUUGAUGGCACGGGGGUAUGGGGUUGGGAGUAUGCAAGCGCCCCUCCCAGUGCGAAGCAGGCGCGGAAGUGGCUGAAGGAACAGGCAUCUCGUCCCAAUGUGCGGGCGACGCGUACCAAGGAUUCAUCACAGAUUGAGGGACCAACGCAGAGGCCCUACGGUCUGAAAAGUACCCUUGCACCGCGCAAUGACAAGGCAAAGCGCGAGAGGCAAAACAUGACGGUCCUCGCAGUGGAAAUUUUUGCUCCUUCCAAAGGAGACCAUGUGCCCGAUCCCGACCAAGAUGAGAUGGCGGCUAUCUUCUAUGCGCUGCAUACUUCCGAUCACACCGAAGGGGGAGGAGCCUUCAUGUGUGAUUACGGGAUGAUCGCUGUAGAAAGCGAACAGCUCAAUGCGCGACGUCUGCGCAACAUCAAGGCUGAAUUUGUGGAGAGCGAGCUCGAUCUGCUCAAUCGGCUUAUCGACAUCGUCCUCGAGCUAGAUCCGGACAUCGUCUCCGGAUGGGAGGUGCAAGCGGGCUCUUGGGGCUAUCUCACCGCAAGAGGACGUUCAUACGGCUUGGAUGUGGGCGAGCAGAUCUCCCGUGCUCCGGCACGACAUAUGGGAGGCGGCUCGGACCGGUGGGGCAUGCAGACCACGUCUACUUUCAAGGUGACCGGACGACACGUUUUGAAUGUGUGGAGGAUCAUGCGCUCGGAGCACACCUUCAGCAUCUACACGUUUGAGAAUGUCGUCUUCCAGAUCCUGCGCCGGAGGACUCCUUGGUACAGUCCUCAAACCGUGACAAGUUGGUUCAACAGUCCGGUUCCAGAGCAUGCGCAUAGGGUGCUCCGUUACUUCGCUCAGCGGACGAUCAUGGUGCUAGAGAUCCUGGAUGUUGCCGAAGUGGUCACCAAGAAUGCUGAAUUCGCCCGUGUGUUCGGUGUCGAUUUCUUCUCCGUCCUAAGCAGAGGCUCUCAAUUCAAAGUAGAGUCGUUCAUGUUCCGUAUCGCCAAGCCCGAGAACUUUGUACUAAUAUCGCCGAGCAAACAAGACGUCGGCAAGCAGAACGCCGCCGAAUGCAUCCCGCUCAUCAUGGAACCCCUCUCCGCCUUCUAUAACAGCCCUCUUGUAGUUUUAGACUUCCAGUCGCUAUACCCCUCUAUCAUGAUCGCCUAUAAUUAUUGUUAUUCUACUUGUUUAGGACGUGUUACGGACUUCAAGGGCCAGUUCAAGUUUGGCGUCACCGACCUUCGUCAGCCGGCGGGCAUGCUGGCGACUCUCCAUGACUACAUCAACGUCGCUCCCAACGGGAUGAUGUAUGUCAAGCAAACCGUCCGCAGAGGCCUGCUAGGUCGCAUGCUCACAGAGCUCCUUGACACGAGAGUCAUGGUCAAGCAGGCCAUGAAGGGUGCUAAGGACGACAAGGCUCUUCACAGGAUUCUCGAUGCUCGCCAGCUGGGCCUGAAGUUCAUCGCCAAUGUCACAUACGGGUACACGAGCGCAUCCUACUCCGGGCGCAUGCCUGCCGUCGAAAUCGCGGAUAGCAUCGUGCAAAGUGGCAGGGAGACCUUGGAGAAGGCCAUCCGUGUGAUCAACUCUACGAAGAAGUGGGGCGCGAAGGUUGUUUAUGGCGAUACCGACUCGCUGUUCAUCUAUUUGCCCGGAAAGACGAAGGAUCAGGCCUUCAGGAUAGGACAAGACAUGGCGGACUCAAUCACCCAGAUGAAUCCUGCUCCAAUAAAGCUGAAGUUCGAGAAGGUCUACCUGCCUUGCGUCUUGAUGGCGAAGAAGCGAUACGUCGGCUUCAAGUUCGAGAACCCUGACGACAAGGAACCCGUUUUCGAUGCGAAGGGCAUCGAGACCGUUCGCCGGGACGGUAUACCCGCACAACAGAAGAUGACAGAAACUUGCUUGAAGAUCUUGUUUCGUACGCAGGAUCUGAGUCAGGUCAAAGAGUACUGCUGCCGCACAUGGUCCAGGAUACUAGAGAACAAGGUGUCCAUCCAAGAUUUCAUCUUCGCUAAGGAGGUCAAGAUGGGCACAUACAGCGACAGGGUGCCACCCCCUCCGGGUGUUACCGUCGCAGCCCGCCGGAUGCUUGAGGACCCCAAUGAUGAACCACAAUACGGGGAGCGCAUCCCUUAUGUGAUCACCCGAGGGGAACCAGGGUCGAGAAUAGUUGAUCGUGCCGCCGCACCACACGAUCUGUUCCAAGACAGCUAUAAACGGCUGGACGCGAACUACUACAUCUCACGAGUGCUGAUACCACCACUGGAGCGCAUCUUCAACCUCGUCGGCGCAGAUGUCCGGAGCUGGUUCGACGACAUGCCGAAGAGUCUGCGGGUCGACCAGCCCGAUGUCACGCUCUCGCCCCGGAAGAACAAGAAAAGCGACAUGGUGGCGAACGCGUUCAAGAUUGAUGAUCACUUCACCAGCUCGCACUGCCUGAUCUGUAAAGCUCUGACCCCAGACGUACUGUGUGAGGUCUGCCGGUCAGACUAUGCGACUACGAUCAGCGAACUGCUGUCAAGGGUCCACAGCACGGAGAGGAAACUGAACAACGUCCAUUUGGUGUGUGGCUCGUGCUGCGGUACUGCGCCCGCAGAGCCGGUCCAGUGCGAAUCUCUGGAUUGCCCAUGGCUGUACGAGCGGAAGAAGUUAGAGAGCAAGGCGGAGGCCCUGACGAGCGUUCAUGAGUUGAUUAAAGAGAUGGAGAAAGAAUGGUCCGCCGAGAGAGGCUAUGACCCCGACGAAGAUACCCCGGACUCCUGGAAUAUUUCUACUGUAGCCUAG